AUGGCAUCGGUAGCAAAAUGGCUUGAUACAUUCACAUGCAGCAAAUAUGCUGAACGAUUUGAACAACUUGGUUAUUCGACUUUACAAUCAGUAUGUCAAUUGACCAGUGCGCAACUUCAGAACUUAGGUGUAUGUCCUGCUGAUAUCUACACCAUUAUGGAAAAUGUUUUACUUCUGAAGCAAAGCGUGAAUAGUCUUAACUCACCUCGAUAUCUCGAUUUGACAUCUGAACCACCGCCAACAUCGUCCUUCUCACCGGCCGUCCACCUCCCAUUCGAGAAUUCGUUUUCACAACAACCACCUGCUGAUAUGAUCUAUCGUGGAAGUGCUUACAAUCUUCAUCCUCCUCACUUUUAUCCGCCAAAUCAACGAGUAAUGACAUAUCCUCCGUGGAAUAAUCAUCAACCGAUGCCACAAUUUCCCCAUCCACAAAUUCCAGCAAAUCGACCGAUCAUUCCAAUGAAUGAGUCCCAUCCACAUCCACUUCAAUCACUUGAACGACUAGUUCACCUACCCGAAUCUCAAGUAAUUGAUCCAAAAAGCAUCGUCAACGAAACAGUCGAACCACUCUCUCCAUUCUUGGACACAUUACCUACCACAUCGAUCGUCAGCAAUCUAUUUGCCAACGAACAAUCGAUCGUCGAACAGAACUCGAAUGGAUUCAAACGUUCAUCGUCUGAGAAUGAUCGAGGUGACACCAACAAACGAUAUCGAACAGAUCUGAACACAGAUGAUUCGGUUGUCAAUAAUCAUCCUGUUGUCACGAGUUUAUUGACCAGAACUGUAAACAGUUCGAGUUCACGAACUCCAUUACCAUCGAUUACCUUACUACAGCAAAAACACAGCAAUUAA